UACAAUAGCAGAUGGUCCGGCGUUGCAUCCAUUUCUCUCUCUUUUUUAGUGGAAGAAAGAAAGUCAUUUGAGAGAGAGAGAGAGAGAGAGAGGGUGAAAUUGCAUUUGUAUAUUGAAAAGGAAAUAGCAAAAACAACGACAGCAAGUGAUCAAGAAAGAAAAUACAUAAAACAGAAAGAUAAUGCCGGUGAGAGUCGAAGAAACCUCCUCCUCCUCCUCCGCACCUUCUCAACUUUCAGGUGAAAAUUCAUCAGGACACACUUCACCUCCAGUUUGUACUCUUUUGACUGUUGGACAGGCCUUUUCUGGAACCCAGAAUGUUUCUAGUCUUCAGAAGGAUGAAGCUUGGAGAGUCAAUGUUCGCAUUCAAGAAGCUUGGAGAGUUAAUGUUCGCAUUCAAGGAUGUGACCUUGAUCAUGGUUACCUAUGUGGUACUAUGGAAGCCCUUAAUGUUCCUAUGGCUGACACACCCGUAGUAACCUUUUGGGAAGGAGAAAUCGUUGAUGGCAAGAAUUACACUUUCUUCACUGGCAAAUGGGAAGCUUCGUCAGAAGAUGAUAUAAGGCACUGGACUAAGUUUCCGUCUUUCCAACCAUUGCUGGAACAACUGAAGGUUGAUGGUGGCAAGUCUUUGGACUUGAUUAACUAUCGGUACAAAUUUAUGAGAUGGAAAGAGCAAUACUUUGUCAACGUUGGAACAGACUGUGGGUUGACCAUAGCUGGUUUUUACUAUGUUUGCUUCUCUUGUACUGAUGGUUCCAUCAAUGGCUGCUACUAUGAUCCCAACAGCAGCCCGUUUCAGAAGCUUGAACUGAAAUCCACCAAUGAGGGAAGAUCAGGUUUCAGUUUUUCAUCUUAUUGA